AUGGAACCAACAAGACUGCCUGAGUAUAUUGAAAAGGUUGCCGUAAGCUCGGUGCUCAGUCGUGAUGUCAAGCAGUAUGGGAAGACCAACCUUUUCGAUGGCAAUUCGGAAACAUGCUGGAAUUCCGAUUCCGGUUCGACUCAGUGGAUUUCCGUCAAGUUCAGAGAACCGCUUAAACUUGAAGCGGUCUUCAUCCAAUUUCAAGGCGGAUUUGCAGCUGAGGAAGUCGUUCUACAGCUAUGGAAUGAAGAUAAAUCCUCAAAAACGUCAACUACCUUCUAUCCGGUAAAUACAAACAGCCUCCAGUCUUUUAUCUUCUCGAGUGACAAGGCUUUCUCAAAUUGUUCCCUUCUUUUUAGCAAACCCCUAGAUUUUUUUGGCAGAAUUACCGUGUACAAACUGGAUUUCAAAUAUGAAUGA